AUGUCUUCCCCGCAAGGCCAACGUAUUCAAGCCAGCUGUGUCACUAUCUGGGGCAAAGGCGACUACGAGAUUGACAUUGAAACCGAGGAUCGGAUGUCGUACUAUGCAGUUGUCAAGAAGGACUUUGGGAGUUCCUUUGGGCCGCCUCUGACUAUGACUGGAGAGUGUAAUUCGCAAGAACAUGUAUGGAAAGAGUUGGACCGGAUGCUAGGAUUAUGGGCUAGGGUUGAACAGAGCGGGCAACCAAUGACAGAAUACCAGAGGUUGGAAAUAUUUGGAGGACCCAAUGGUCAAAACAAACCUAUUCUGAGGCAGUUCUUUGAAGAACAAAAGAGACAUGGGGCCUGA